AUGAACACCGCCACGAGCGCCGCACGCGCGCUCUCCAGCGAUCUCUUGAGUCGACUGCAGCACGACUACCCCACCGUCUAUGAAGCACUACACGUGUAUAAGAAGGCGGUGCGCCACCUCAAGGACAAGUACGAAGCCAAGGAGACCGAGCUGCGGCGCUGCAUCAGCGUCGGCGAAGAGCUGCUUGGCCAGAUGGACGUUCUGAAGCAGCGGUGUGAGGUGCUGGCGCAGGAGCGUGACAAGGCGAUUGCCACUUUGGGCUUGGCGGCUGCAUCAACGGUAGAGCACACACAUCCAACAGGUGCUACCGCCUCGAGCUCCAGCUCAUGGGCAGAGGAAAAGCGCACUCUACUGAGGUCGCAUGAAGUGGAGUGCGAGCGCUAUCGCACUGGGAUGCAAAAGGUCCUGCAAGGCGCAGCUGCGGCGCAGGCGCAGAAACGAGAGCUGGAGCUUGCCCUGGAGCGCACAGCAGCACAGCUAAGGGAAACCGAGAAGCAACUGCGCACCGCGCAGGACACCGCGGUCGAUUGUGAAGCGCGCUGCGCCACCCAGCAUGAGAAGGAGAUUGAGCGACACAGAGCCGCAUUGGCAAGGCAACUGGCUGAGGUACGGCAGCAAGCAGAAGUGGACCGCGAAACCGUUCUUGCCGAGGCUAUGGUCGAACUGGAGCGGUUGCAGCGCGCGCUCGUGCGGACCCAAAAAGAGCUGGUAGAGCUGCAACAGGCCUCCGGCGAUGCUCAAGCGCUGCAGGCGGAGCUGGCCAGUACUGCCGCCGCCGAGCAGGCGAGCCUGCAGCGUCAGAUACGUACCCUUGAGGAGGCUAAUCAUGACCUCCUACAACGCCUGCAGCGACGAGAGGCGGAGACACAGCUCCUUCGUGCAGAGAGCAGUACCAGCGCGAGGCGAGAUGAUAGCCAGCGCUCGCCUGCAAGCGCCAAUCGAGGUGCAGGUGUGUGUGACAGCGCACUUGCCAACUCUCUUGUCGAUCCCCGACGAGAGUCCAUGAACGAUGUCGCCGAUGUGGCUGGUUUAGCCGCGGUGCAGGUACGGUUGCGCGAGGAGAACGCACGAUUGCGGCAGAAGCUGCAGGAGGUGGCUCGUCGAGGGCAAGACGAGGUGGAUGAAGAGCACGCGGCGCGGCUGUCCCUGCAGCAGCAUCUGCACACGGUGGAGGCUCAGUCUCACAUCCUGCGCACGGAGGUGGUAGGCCGUAUACAGCAAGAGCUUCAACAGGCCCGAGACCAGGUCGAGGUGAGCCAGGCCCACGGCGCGACAGUGCAGAGGGCUGCUGCGGAGCUGAAGGUGCAGACGGCCGCUCUGCAGGAAGAGAAGGCAACGCUGACCGACGCGCUUCGAGCCGAGAAGGAGACGACGGAGCGGCUGUGGCAAGAACUCAAAGCAGCGCAGGAGCGGCAGGACGCACUGAAUCAGGAGCUGCAAGGUGCCAGCGUAGCAGCACAGGAAAAGGACCAGCUCGUGGCGCAGCUGCAGCGGGAGAAGAGCCAGCUACUCACCGCGUUGCGGACGUUUCAGGCGCAAGCGGCGGACAUCGAGACCGCCCUCACCACUGUCACGGCCGAGCAGUCGGAGAGCACCGCGGCCCAUGAAGCUACCGUGUCCCGACUGCAAGACCGGUGCGUGCUCUUGGCGCAUGAGGCGGAGGAACUGAGGACUGAACGCGCUGCGUUGCAGUGCCGCCUCGGGGAUGCAGAGGAGGCCGUAGAUGCCCUAAAGGAUGCACAGCGUGUGUCGCAAGCGCUCGUGUGGGAGGCACAGCGCGGUGCCAAGGCCGCGGAGGACCGGGCAAGUUUUGCCGCUAAUCAGCUUACGCUUCAGCGACAGACCUCUGCUGCCCGCUUGGCGGAGGUUCAACAGCAUCUGGAGCGCGCGCACACCCAGCAACGCGAUCUCUCCCGACGGAUGGAGGAGUGCCAGCAGGAGCUGUCUCGUAAGGAGGAGGCGCUGCGCAAGCGCGCUGAGGCUCAAGAGGUACUUGUCGCCGAGAUUGAACAGUUACGUGCCGAUCAAGCGAACCGUGACGAAAGUUUGCGCGAACGCUGGCGCCAACAGUACGCGCAAAGCAGCCUUGAGCGAGAGAGACUCAUCGCCAUCAAGGAGGCGCAUAUCGCAGACCUUCAGCGACAGCAGCAGGAGCUUCAGAUGUCUCUUGCGGAGAACGAGGACUGUGUGGCGCAGUUGCAGGGACAGCGGCAACAACUGCAGGCAGCCCUCUCCGACUCUCUUGCCACCGCGGCCGGUCACAAAGGCCGCAUACAGGCGCUGGAGGAGGAGCUGGCGUGCACCAGGGAGGCGCACCGCACCGCACAGCGCGAGUUGCAGCGUGUCGCAGGAGAGCGGGAGCGGGACUCUAGCGCCACCCCUGCUCUUCAACCUUCUGGUGAAUGCGACGCUUCGGCGGCGGCGCGUCUCGCGCAGAUGCAAGUGCAGCUCGCUGAGUGUGAAGCGGCCUUAUGCGCAGCUGAGCGUUCGCGACAGCUGGUGCAGUGCACGGUGCUGGGAUGCUUGAUACCGAUCGAUGCAAGUGGCGCCGUGAAGGCCGACACAGACAAAGUGUGGGAUACGCUGUUGGACCUGCUGAGCCACGGUGAGCAGGAGCUCCGCUCACGCAGCACCUCCGCUAUGCAGGCGCAAGCCUGGCAGGUGAGCCAAAACGAGGUGAGCCCGGUGUCUGACGACAAGCAAACGGCAGAUGCUGCGUCCUUGCCGAUCGACGCCAUUCAGCGUGCGGCUGCUGGGGUGUUGCGCGCCACAAACAACCUUCUGCGGUACCUGCAUGACGCCGAUCUGCACCGUUGGAGCUGCGUGAUAAACAAGGUAAUGGCUGCGCUCGUCGUCACUGAGGCGGCAAGUGAGGAGACGGCAUCGGCUGGCGCCGGCCCUCCGGCCAUAGAGGGCCCGGCAGCGGCAUCCUCGGAGAAGCUCUGUGCCGACCUCGCCUCAGCUCUACGGAUGUGGGCGCAAGCCUUGCGGCAGACUCAGGAUCAUCUGGCUGAGCAUGUCGCCCAGGUUGCGAAGGCAGCGCAUCUGGCGAGUACGGAGGCGGCGCAGCGGACGCAGCUGAAGCAGCUGACGUUAGCGACUCGCACCGCUGAAGAGCAGUGUGGCGCUCUGCAAGUCGCACUAGAAGAGAUGACGGCGAAGUACUCGGAGGUUGUCAAGCGGGCAGAGGCACAGGAGAGUCGUGCGGAGGCACUGCGCCACGAUGUCGCCGCGCGCGACAUUUGCGUGAGAGAGAUGGAGCACCGCCUCGAUGUGUGCCAGGCCGAGGUGCAGGCAGAGCGGGCAGAGUGGGUGUCCAAGUGGCAAGAGGUACAGCGGCAUCGUGAGGCAGAGAAGAAGGAAGCAGAGGCUGAACAUGCUCGUCUGCGUGCGCAGGUGAUGGCCACGGAGGAGGCGGCCCAUCAUUCUACUCAAAGAGCAGUGCAGGAGUCGGCGGGUGCGCAGCAGCAGCUCCACACGCAGCUGCAGGCUUUGCUAGAGUCAUCCUCAGCAAUGGAGGUGCAGCUGCGACAACAGGUCACUCAACUGAGCCGUGGCAAAGAGGACUCUGAACGGGGACUGCGUCGGCUGAAGAGUGUCGUUGCGCAGCUCGAGGAGCGUCUCAGCAGUACCGAGGAGACUCUGAGGUCUCGAGAGACAGAGCUGAAAAUAGCAGUGGCGUCGAUGCAGGAGCUGAAGCAAGCGCAGCUGCAGCGUCGUGCGGACGGUGCGGCGGCCAACGCGUUUGAGCAGCGCACUCUCACGGAGCAGGUGGCCUCCCUCCAGGCGCAACUCCUGUCCAGCCAGCGCGACCACGAGAUGCAGGAGGCGCUGCACGCUGCGGAGAGGGCGGAGAUGGCUGCGUUGCGAAAGGUGAAUACUUCACUGGAAACGCGCCUCGCUGAGGUGGAGGGUGACCGAGCCCCUCUGCGAGAGCAGUUGCACAGUCUUCUCUCCUUUACGGAGUAG